AUGGAGAGAGACAACAGCACAGAGGUAACAAAAUUCAUCCUCCUUGGUCUUACCCAGUCUCAAGAUGUUCAACUUCUGAUCUUUGUACUAGUCUUGAUUUUCUAUCUCAUCAUUCUCCCUGGAAAUUUCCUCAUCAUCCUCACCAUCAGAUCAGAUCCUGGCCUCACAGCCCCUCUCUACUUCUUCCUAAGCAACUUGGCCUUCCUGGAUGCAUCUUACUCCUUCAUUGUGGCUCCCAGGAUGCUGGUGGACUUCCUCUCUGAGAAGAAGAUAAUCUCCUACAGAGGCUGCAUCACUCAGCUCUUUUUCUUGCACUUUCUUGGAGCAGGGGAGAUGUUCCUUCUUGUUGUGAUGGCCUUUGACCGCUACAUGGCCAUAUGUCAGCCUUUACACUAUUCAACUGUCAUGAAUCCUAGAGCCUGCUCUGCAUUAUUGUUGGCACUCUGGCUUGGAGGCUUUGCCCAUUCAAUUGUGCAAGUGGCUCUUAUCCUUCACUUGCCCUUCUGUGGUCCAAACCAGCUGGAUAACUUCUUCUGUGAUGUCCCACAGGUCAUCAAGCUGGCCUGCACGGACACCUUCGUGGUGGAGCUCCUGAUGGUCUCCAACAGUGGCUUGCUCUCCCUCCUGUGCUUCCUGGGGCUUCUGGCCUCCUAUGCUGUCAUCCUUUGCCAUGUAAAGGGGAAUUCCUCUGAAGGGAAGAAUAAGGCUCUGUCCACCUGCACCACCCACAUUAUUAUUGUGUUUCUCAUGUUUGGACCUGCCAUUUUCAUCUACACUCGCCCCUUCAGAGCCUUCCCAGCAGACAAAGUAGUUUCUCUCUUCCACACAGUGAUCUUUCCUUUGAUGAACCCUGUGAUUUAUACCCUUCGCAACCAGGAAGUAAAAACUUCCAUGAGGAGGUGGUUGAGUUGGCACAUGGUUUGCUGA